CAUGCAGCUUCCAUCUGGACCCAAGGACCUGGGAAGAUCAUCUGGAAACAACCUCCCCUGGAACCCUCCAUCUACUCCUCCACAUUGGAAGACAGUUUGCAAGAGCAGUUCAAAUUUGGUGCAGUUGGCAGGAUAUUCUUUUGGUUUAUUCAAAAGUUUUGAGAAAGUAAAUAUGGCAGAAGGAGGAAAUGGAAAUGCCACUGGGGCAGUUACAGACUCUAACCCUUCAACCCCAGCAACUCCAACAAUUACAAUUCAGCCAGCAGAAAUGCCAGAAAGGCAACAGAGACUAAUUGAAGACUAUGAUAGAUUGGUGAGUGAAAUGAAAAGAAAUCGAAUCACAAUUCCAACAGAUCAUGGAGAUGGAACACAUCACCCAGCACAGAACCCAAAUGUUGAUAUCACAACAUUGUAUGAUGGAAGCAAGGAGUGUUCAAAAUUCAAGGAAGACUUUAAUCAGGCAUGUUAUGCUUAUGGUUGGAUUGGUGAAGAUGUUGUGAAGAUACCCAUAAAAAUAUUAGUGACAACAGUAAAUCCUCCAACAUAUUCUGAAUUAUUAUAUAACAAUGUAGUUGAUUCAGUGGUACUCUCAUCAAUUCCCAAUGAUUCAAAUUAUUUUACAAAAUUGGCUGAAUGGAACUCAAAUGUUCUUAUGGCUACUAUUUCUUUUGCAUAUUCAAAAUGUUUAGGAAAUGAUAAAAAUAAUCCAAACCAAUGGGUAUCAACCUCAGCAACCCCUAAUGCAGAAAAUAACUGCCCUCCUGGUGGAAAUGGUGAUCCUCACUUUACACAAAAUGUUAUUGAUAUAAAGACAAAACAAAUUGUUGAUAUUUGUUAUGAUAUUAUUGGAAAAAGUGGUCAACAUAUAUCUAUUCUACAUCAUAAUUCAACCAAUACAAUUGUUAAAGGUGUUCUUAAAGAUGAUUAUUACAUGCAAAAGAUCAUUAUCCAAAGUAAAGUUGGUACAAUCAUCAUUGAUGAAUCAUUUAUUUUUGUCAAUGAACAAAAGUUUCUUUGGACUGAUUUUAAAGAACUUAAAUUUGAUUUUAGGGUUAGGUUAGGGUUAGGGUUAGGGUUAGGGUUAGGGUUAGGGUUAGGUUAG